UGUGUGUGUGUGUGUGUGUGUGUGUGUGUGUGUGUGUUCUCUCGUACACCAAAGGUUCCAUGUAGCUUUUUUUUUCUCCUUUUCGGUGCACGUGCUAUUACCGCCUCUAGAUGCAGAUUACCGCCAUUAACCCUCCAGCGCCGUGUUGGGGAGGUGCUCUGGUGGUGCUGCAGGUCAUCACCUCCACUCCACCUCGCCGCGGAAGUUUCUCUGUCACUCCGAUGCACAAAAUUAUGAGUACAUGGCUCUGUUUUGUGGUACCAGUUAUACAGAACCUGUAAGUGUUGUUUUCCGAUAUUCAGACUGUACAGGUUUGCCAUAAUGAUUGGUGACCUUGUAAAUAAUGCGUCUGGUGGAGAUGGCGAGUGUUUGCGUAACGUGAAGGUGAUUGAGUCAUCUGAUGAGCCAGCGAUGAGGUGCCUCGCCAUGGUGAGGCUGAGCAGUGUGGCCGCCGCGCCCUCGCCUUGGCGGCUGGUGAAGUCCUUCCUUGUGUUGCUCACCAGCGCGUUCUUCCUCCUCCUCUUGACCAGUUCUCGCCGCCCUGUACAGAAACUGCCGAGACGGAUGCAGGAGCGGCUGGCGUGGCUGAGGCGGGUGUGCGAGGAGAUGCCUGUUCCCAGCGAGGUUGCUGCCGCUGCCAUGGACGAGGCGACGCGACUGAGGACCCAAGUGUUGGAGGACCACCAGCUGAUGGUGUGCGUGGUGUUCAAGGCAGGCUCCACCACCUGGAACUCCAUCUUGGCUCACCACUACAACAACACUGAAGUCCUGAAAACCAAAAAGUUCUACAAGUUGCUGGAGGUGCUGAACCCUACAAAGGAGAGGUUCCGGGAGGUGUCCAGGUCGCCACUGUUCCUGAAGGCACUGAUGGCUAGGCAUCCUCUGGAGCGCCUGUUGUCGGCGUACCGUGACAGGAUCGAGGACCAGACACACGUCACUAGCCAGGCCAGAGAGUACGGCCCGCAAAUUCUCCGGCACACCCGUGGGCUCAGUUUCUCUAGGAAGCAUAUGUUUCAUAUUAACGGGACGCUGCGGGUGGUGCCAACAUUCCGCGAGUUUGUCAGUUAUUUGGUGUCUCGGCCGCCGCAAGAAUACGACCCACACUGGCGUCCCGUGUCCUUGCAGUGCGGCCUGUGUCAUAUCAACUAUACGGCCGUGGUGCUCACAGAGACCUACAACGAGGAUCUACACUACAUCAUGAGGGCAAGCGGGAUGGAUCAGCUGGUGGACAUGACUCUUCUCACGAAGAACAACAACAGAGGGAAGGGAAAUACGCACAGCCUUCUCCAGCAAUACUACUCUACACUGGAGCCGUCACUGCUUCAAAAGAUCAUCAGUGUUUACCAAAAUGACUUCAAGAUGUUUAACUACACUGCAGGCGCCAUCCUAGGCCGUGUGAGCUGAGAGAGAGAGAGAGAGAGAGAGAGAGAGAGACCUUUCACCAUCCAUCCUCUCAUUCAGGCCACCAGUCACUACACACCUGUUUCCCGCAAGGUUAUUACUACCUCUUUCACUUCGUCAGAUGUUUCCUACAUUACUAGCUCUCUUUUAUAAGUGUACUACGUACUUGAUGUGUUUAUGUUGUUUUCUCGGAGCUGAGCGUUUGUGAUGUUGAUCGUUUAAUAGCAUUUUUUAUUUGUGUGUGUGUGUGUGUGUGUGUGUGUGUGUGUGUGUGUGUGUGUGUGUGUGUGUAUGUUAGCUGUGAUAAUUGUUCAUAGAGGGAAAAUUUUCCGCCAUCUAAAAAAAGUUAAUUAAUAAUAGAAACUUACUUGUAUAUUUUUUCUGGCUGUGAUUAUGUAUGUAUGUAUGUAUGUAUAUGUAUGUAGGCUGUGAUAAUUAAUUCAGGGAAAAAAAUGUUCGAACAUUUGAAAUGAGUUUCAUCUUCCUUAUUUGACUGGAAGACAAAAAGGUCGCAGACAUGUACUAGUGUAUCUGCUCUUUACACUACUGAAAUAAACUAAUCGAAAUUGUACAUCAUUAUAUUUACCUUAUGUAUAAUGAGUUUAAUCAAAAGUGUGAAUACCUUGCUAUGGCAACAUCAGUGUGUGUGUAUGUGUGCUUACCAAGGAAUUUCGAGUUAAUGUGUCUUCUUUGGGUCUUACUAAUUGUAUAUUUAUAGAAUUGCUGAACUUGUGUCUUGUCUCACGUGCGUAUGUCUUUUUUUUUUUUUCCUCAAACCGUCCUUUUGUUCACGGCUACGUAGUCUUUGCUUCAGCGUCCGGCAGCGGGGUUACAUGGCAUCUCUGGUUCACUGCUGCCUUAAGACUGCUGCCAGUGGAGGUCGGGAGGAUGACAGUCGCUGACGGUUGGUUGCCAGUGGCUGGGAGCAAUUGCCUCUGCAUCUCCUGGAACGGGUUGGAGGGCAGACCUGUUCAUGCUGUCACCUCUGACCUUCAGAGUUUUCCGUAACCUUGACGCCGUGACUGUGUGGAGAUGAUGUCGAUGGAGAAAGUUUGCGUACAAGGAGCACGUGCAACACAACAAAGGGAAGCCAGACUCAGCAGAAGGGUGUGGCACAGACAUAAAUCACGCAGAGAAGAAUCCUUAAGUGCCUACAGCCAAGGAGGUUGUAUUGACAAGUCUCCACUGAGAUGAAUGUGUUUGGCAGCAUUGUUAUCCUACGCUGAAUGAUUCUGGUAAUCACAAGAGGGAGGGCUCAUCUUAAUGUCGGGCAGCUGAAGUCACUGGCAUGUGAGGGAAUCAAGAGCAAUAGUGGCUUGCGGCAGAUGGGACACUCAUGCAUGCGGUCCCCACACAUCUGGCAGGUGCCAUGACCACAGAGGAAUAUCAUGUUCUUCAGUCGGUCAAGACACACUGGACACAUUGUCUGAGGAUGAAAAGGAAUGAAAAUUCUGCUGCUGGAGCUUCUGUAGGUCAGCGGAGGACAUGUCCCGGGAGCCAUUGUUCAUCAGUGGACCAGUGGGGCCGGGCACCGACACACCAGCUGUUCCAGACACUGUCAGGUGGCCUGCAGUAGUAUUGUUGUUGCUUCCUGAAGCACUAGUACCAGCGCCAGCAGCAACACUGCUGUUACCAGCACUGGCCCCACCACUGCUGCUGCUGCUGCCGCCACUGUUACUGUUGUUGUUGGUAUGGAUGACCCCGGGCAGGUUGGAAGCUGGUGCUGCAGAUUUAAAUGUGCCAUUAAGCGUGCCAUUAAGCAAAUCAAUGUGUAGUAAUGGUCAAGAGUUUAGUUGUCUCCUGUAUGAGCCUUUUUUCACUGUGCUUCUUGUCUUCUGCCAUCUCUAGAUUUCUCUGAUCUGCUAGCCAUAUGCUUCAUAAAAAAACUCAUUGACUGCUAAACACAAAGGUAAAUUAGUAAAGAAGAUUACUUCUGUUGACUGUAAUGUAAUUCUGAAAUAUAAAAAUGGUCUUACUAUUAUUAACACAGCAAUGAAUAGAUAAUUAUGUAUGUAGGCACCUCUUUGAUGGGAAGGAGUCACUUGCACACAAUAAAUUAAGUCAGUCUGAUUUCCAGCAUGAGCAUACCUGCUGCUGACUGCUUCAGCAUCUCGUUUCUGAGAUAUGUUUUGUUGGAGGUUCACAAGUCUAGUUGGUGACAAAAAUCUUAGAAAGCUGAAAGGUUUUUAAGUGAAGAGAGCCUGUAUCUUGCUUAGAUGGGACAGGGAUAUGCAUGACUUAACAUGUAGGGCCAUUCAAGUCCUCACAAAGUGACCAGUGGUCUCCUCAGUGCUGUUCUCAAAUGGAGAGUUGGUAAUGACAUUAGGAUAAUCUCUCUCCAAGGAUAAGCUAAUCUCAUGGUAAGAAAAGUUUCUGUAGUUUGCCACUCCCAGCUUUCUUUGUACUGGGGAACAAUUCCAAGAGGGAGGCCAGUUGCUGCUUUGUAAGGUCAGAAAUGGUUCUGCAUGUAAUGCUCAUUAUUAGUUUGAGCUCAACAAACAAGUUUUCGCAUUGGUAAGGUAAGUUUCAGCAUCCCAUAGGAGGAAGGCCAAAAUUAGAUUGGCUGAUCUCUGAAAUGGUCCAUUGCAGAUACUGACACUGCUAGCUGUACAGGCCAUUUCUUUUUCUUCUUUAAAGAGGUGCUGUUGACACAUGCCAGUGCUAGACUAUGAAUACUACCCUCUCAAUUCUGUUCAAUGCUCAACAUUUGUAACGGUUCUGCCUGGCUACACCCUUCAGUCUCACCCAGUCUGUGUCACUCAUGCUUGCCUCAGUGCUACACAUUUGUAUACUCUUUCUUCGUUAUGUCUUAUUCAAGGUAGGCCAUUUUAAUUGCUACUGAUGACAUGGCAGAAAUUGCAGAACAUGGAUUUACAGUAGUUCUCAAAAUGCAAAAGAAAAUGGGAAAUGUGUGGAGUCAAGUUCACAAGAAUUAUCAUUGCUAUUUUCAACAGUAUAUAAAAAGUUUCCUGGUUAUAAUAAUUUUGAGAAACCAUAUCAGAAUGCAAUUGCUGAGUCCAAAAAACUUGACCAUAAAUGGUCAACCUUGAACAAGAGAAUUCAUACAAGUAAUGAGGAAGAAUAUACAUAGUACAGUACUGAGUCAAGUGUGAGAGAUGGGCACUGUGGGUGUCUGGGUGCUGGAUGAAUAGCCUCCUUGAAUGGAGACUAGGUUAUAUAGCCUGGUGUGUGCUGAAAGAUGGGAUACAGAAUAAAGGAACCAUCAUGUAGUAUAUGCUGACGCUUCCACCAGAUGAGUCAUGAGUUGCUGGGCCACUGGGCUGAAAAGAGCCCCUGAUCAUCUUGAGUACUACAUUGUGCAAGAAGUUUUCGUUUGCAGAAAAUGUUAUCACAUACAACUGUACAUAAGUAGUCAAUAAUAAACUUGCAGUAAAUAUCACAGUUGCAUUUUUCUGAAAACCAAGCCAGAUUAUAAAACACUUGCAACACAGCAAAGUUAAUUUUAUUUUAUACAACAUGAGUCUCAUCUGCCUCUAUAAUUUUUUCAGAAUGGCUUUCAUCAGAAAAAGCCCAAAACAAAAUUGCAAUGAGUCAGGUCAUAUAAGAUUUAGGACAGAAGACAUACUGACAUGACUACAGUUCUAAGGAAGUGGCAAUGCAGAACUAAUUUUGGGUUAUUUUCUUUCAAAUUUAUUAACUGCAAGAGAUUUCAUACCUGGUUUUCAAGGAAAUACAACAGCUACAGCUAUGGUUGCCUUUUCACAUUUUAAUUUUUGAAGUUCAAUGAUUAUAUCAGUUGUGUGUGUCAAUACUUUGACACACAUAACACAUGAUUAUAGUAGGAAGUCAAGGUAGUUGGGGACUCUUUUUCAGGCCAAUGGCUGCAUUGUGACAGUUUUCAAAGUUCCUCAUUAGGUAUAAUUUUACUCACAUGGUCUUACAUGAAAUUUGUCAUCCUAAGUUACUUUAAUAUGGAAAAUCUACUUUUUAAAAACUCUGUCAUUAAUAAAAUAGAAAACUUU